AUGGCUUUCCUGUUGCUGUCAGUGACUGUGCUGCACCUGAUCACUCUGGCUAUGCUAUUCAUUGCCACCAUGGAGAAGUCAUGGUGGGUUUGGGGAGAUGUGGAAAAUUCCGACCUCUGGCAUAAGUGUAUAUUCGACAAUGCCACAGGAACAUGGCUUUGUGCCUCUGCCACUGAGAACGAGUGGCUUCAGACGGUCCAGGCCCUCAUGGUUCUGUCAGUGGUGCUCUCCUCCAUUUCCUUCUUGGUUUUUCUUGGCCAGCUCUUCACCAUGUCAAAGGGAGGGCUUUUUUACUUCACUGGACUCUGUCAGAUUCUUGCAGGUCUUGCAGCAUUUGCAGGUGCCCUCAUCUACACCUUCCAGCGUAAAGAGAUUCUCCAGGACUCCAGGGAGCUGGCCCUGGGUAACUUUGGCUACUGCUUCAUCCUGGCUUGGGUCUGCGUACCACUGCUGCUCUGCAGUGGGGUUCUCUAUGUUCACCUACGCAAGAGAGCAUAA